AUGGAGCACUUUCAAGGAGCGUGGAAGACCCUAAGCAACGGCUUCGGCAUGAAGGACUCACCGUUUGAGGGCCCCUGCCUUUCCCCAACCAUGUUCCAGGGCUUCACCUGCCAGCGACGCUCCUCAGACGACAGCAAGAUUCCAGAUUCCAAGGCUAACAGCACGAUCCGCGUCUUCCUUCCAAAUCAGCAGCGCACUGUGGUAAACGUACGACCAGGUAUGACUCUUUACAGCUGUUUGAUCAAAGCCCUGAAGGUACGAGGUCUGCAGCCUCAGUGCUGCGCCGUCUUCCAGCUGCAUCCCGGACAGAGAAAUAAAAAAUCCCGGAUGGACUGGAAUACUGAUUCAACCUCACUGAUCGGGGAAGAGCUACUUGUUGAGGUUUUAGAUCAUGUCCCUUUGACAACGCAUAAUUUUGUCCGGAAGACGUAUCUGAAGCUAGCCUUCUGCGACAUUUGCCAGAAGUUUCUCCUGAAUGGAUUCCGCUGCCAAACAUGCGGCUAUAAAUUUCAUGAGCAUUGUAGCACCAAAGUGCCCACCAUGUGUGUGGACUGGAGCAACAUUAGACAACUCCUGUUGUGUCCAACACCAUCAGAAAGUGGUUUCCCGUCCCUACCACAAUUUCCGCCCCGACGUAUGAGGGAAUCCCUAACCCGGUUUCCGAGCUCGAUCCACCGAAACUCGACCCCUCAUGCCUUUAACUACGCCCCGCCAUACCAACCUGCAGGCAGCGGUGGGCUCUCCCAGAGGCAGCGCUCCACUUCUACACCUAAUGUCCACAUGGUCAGCACGGCGCUGCCUGUAGACGGUAGCUCAUUCGAGGAUGUCAUGCGGGAUCAUGACUCAGCUGGAAGUUCCCCCAGCCAGAGCCCCACAGGCUGGACACAGUCCAAAGCCCCAGCUUCCCAUCGAGAAAGAGCCUCAUCCUUCAACACUCAGGAGAAAAAUAAAAUUAGGCCUAAUCGAGAUUCGAGUUAUUACUGGGAAAUUGAGGCCAGCGAGGUUUAUCUACAUUCCCACAUUGGUUCAGGCUCUUUUGGAACAGUAUACAAAGGAAAAUGGCAUGGUGAUGUUGCAGUGAAGAUAUUAAAGGUUACUGACCCAACACCGGAGCAGCUUCAAGCAUUCAGAAAUGAAGUGGCCGUUCUAAGGAAAACCCGACAUGUCAACAUCCUUCUGUUUAUGGGCUACAUGACGAGGGACAACCUGGCCAUCGUGACGCAGUGGUGUGAGGGGAGCAGCCUUUACAAACACAUCCAUGUCCUGGAGACUAAUUUCACCAUGAUCCAGCUCAUAGAUAUUGCCAGACAGACAGCUCAGGGCAUGGACUAUUUACAUGCAAAAAACAUAAUUCAUCGUGACAUGAAGUCCAACAACAUCUUUCUGCACGAGGGGUUAACUGUAAAAAUCGGCGACUUUGGUCUUGCUACUGUGAAGUCCAGGUGGACUGGGUCACAACAGGUGGAGCAACCCUCUGGAUCCAUUCUUUGGAUGGCUCCAGAGGUGAUCCGAAUGGAGGAUAACAAUCCCUACAGCUUCCAGUCUGAUGUCUAUUCCUAUGGAAUCGUUCUCUUUGAGCUGAUGACUGGAGAGCUCCCAUACUCCCACAUAGCAAGCCGAGAUCAGAUUAUAUACAUGGUGGGAAGAGAUCGUUUGUGCCCAGACCUCAGUAAGCUCUACAAGAACUGUCCCAAAGCCAUGAAGAGGUUGGUGGCUGACUGCAUCAAGAAGUCCAAGGAAGAAAGGCCGCUUUUUCCGCAGAUCUUAUCCUCCAUUGAGCUCCUCCAGCACGCCCUCCCUAAGAUAAACCGCAGUGCCUCAGAACCGUCCCUGCACAGAGCCGCACAGACCGAGGAAAUCAACGCCUGUACUCUGACCACCAGGCUGCCUGUUUACACAUAGGCUCCUCCUCAGCAAAAAAGAUUAUGCCGCACUAUCAAUAAACUCGUAUUCCCUCCCUAAAGACAUUUUUAUAGAACAAUGCACAUGCAAUCAUUCAUAAACCAAUGUUAGGCAAUGAAUAUGUUAGUAAAGGAGUUAAACGGGAGGAGGAGCAUCAGAGAUUACGUAUGGAAGAUUGCAAUCAGAUCCUAACAUGAAGAUUUCAGUGUAAGGUACUUCCCAUGAGCAUUAAGAAGUACAUUGAGGCUUUGUGUCUGUAUGGUAUUUGAUUUAAGUUGUAUAUAGAAGCACACACACGCCUACCUGAAACAACGAUGAAUGGACACUGAAGGAAGCUCAGGAGACGCGUGUUUCCUGAUCUGUUUUCUGUGAUGCCUUGCUUUUAUCAGGCCUGGAGAGGGACUACUCAAGCUUAGCUGCCUUAGAAGGAAACAAAGCCUGGGCUAAGUUUCAGCACAACUUCACCUCUUCUGGUCUUCACAAAGCCACUGGAAGCAGCUCUAGUUGCACAGUAGCUGAUUCUGUUUUGUCUUAAAUAAUUUGUUCUUUAUUUAGGGCUUAUUUUCGAAGACUUGAGGGUUUUUAUGGCUUUCACUAAACUGGUUUGUGGAUGCCCACACCCUUACUAUCGUUUGGUUAUCAUGAGCUGGACAUUCGGCAUGCGUCUUAAAUAUUUUCAGUGAUUUGGGAACUAAUUUUGUUGUUUGUAACCUUGAAGAGGUGAAAUGUUUUAUUUUGAACUUGGUGGGAAGGUCGUCUAUUCAAUAUUUUAAUAAAAUU